GCAUUAAUCAUUCAACGAACACCAGCUUGUUCAUCAAGACAAACUAGAAAUUUUGCACAGUAGCAUAAAAUUUUGCAUAAAAAUAUUACAUUUAACCAUUUUUAAAUUUUGUAUAAAACUUCAGACUAUUUUUUCUUAACGCUAAAAACUAACAAAUUUUAUCAAAAUGAUUUUUAAAUCAGCAUCAAUUUUCACACUUCCUUUACUCCUAUUUUCUACAUUAAUCUUAUUAACCUCUGCCGCACCCUCGGCACAUCCGAACAAUGACGUUAUCCCACCCGAAAUCCUGCUCGAAAUCGAUACCAUGAUCCGCGCCUCGAUGGAACGCCAACACGUGCCCGCCUUCGGAGUCGCGCUGGUCAAAGGGGACGCCACCUACGCCAAAACGUAUGGUUUACGCGACGUUGAGAACAACCUUCCCGCCGAUGGGAACACCCUCUUCGGCAUCGGGUCGCUCUCCAAGGCCUUCGCCGCGCUCGUCGUGACGCGAACGUUGCGCGACUUGCACCCCGAAAUGGGCGAGGCCGUGCUGGACACGCCCAUCGCGACGUUAGCGCCCUCGUUUAACUUGACCCUGGGGGACCGAUACCGGUCGGAACAGGUGACCUUCAGAGACCUUCUCGCCCACAGGGUGUGCGCCCUCCAGGAACUUUCCGGCCUCCUGUCGCAAGCGUAUGAAGGGAAGGAGGACUUUUAUUUUCGAUACCGCUACGCUCCGGAAGAAUGCUCCUUCCGAAAUGGGAUGGCGUACAGCAACGCGUUGAUCGCGCUGUCCGGCGAAAUCGUGGCGCACAUGGUCAAUUCCACGUACGAAGAGUUGUUGACCCAACUUCUCAAUGACCUCGGAAUGACCGGAACGACCUGGAUCAGGGCGAGUGACGACCAUAACAACAUGAUGCACCGGGCUGUCCCCUACAUCUGGAAAGAGGGGAGCUUAAAGCGAUACAACACGGAACUAUUAAAGAUGAUCGCACCAAUUUUUGGCGGUGGUGGGAUGCUCUCUUGCGUAAACGACAUGGUCAAAUACAUCCAGUUGUAUGCACGCAAUGGAAAAAUUGGAGAUAAUCAAGUCAUACCUGAGGAUGUCAUGAAAUGGAUGACCACAAUUUCAAAUACUGACUACAGCGGAUCCACCAAGACGAUGGACAAUCCUGAUACCACCCUGGACAUCAGCGUCGGUUACGGUCUCGCAUUAUUUUCCGGAAUUUUUGAUGGUUGGCGUCGAAUCGGUCACGGGGGUUACAUGCCGCCCUUCCAGUCGUCAUUCUAUUCCUAUCCAGACCUCGGAAUUAGCAUUUUUGUAACAUCGAACGGUCCAGGACCAUUGUUGGAAUCGGAGGGGAUCAAAACUGAAAUUUUUUACUUAUUAUCUGGAUUAACAAAACCACGAGAAAUUCCCAAAAUCCAACCCGACCACACAAUGCAGCACGAACUAUCCUACUACACGGGGGGCAAAUUCACUAAUCCGAAACCCACCAAGACCUCCGUCUCAAAAUCACAAAUUCAAAUCACCCUUGAUCAGGCUGUCGGAUCUUACGGGAGUGGCUUCAACGGCGAGAUGAACAUCACGAUUCGCACGAAUUCCGUCGGGAUUCCGCAACUUUACUGGAGCUAUGGGCGAAUGGCGGAGGGCUGGCUGGUUCAAAUCGCCCCAAACAGGUUCGUCCUCACCAAAUGGGCGUCCGACUUUUGGAUGAUUUACUGGGCCACGGGGAUCGGUUUUGGUGCCAUAGAAAUCAAUUUCUUGGACAUCGAUACCCUCCAAUAUUCUGAGAUUGGACUCGUUUUUUCGACAAAUUUUAAGAAGGGAUUAAAGUUAGAUGAUUUACCCGUUAUUCCAUGGCAACCCGACAGCUGUGGAAAAUAAGGGAAUGAUAAGUGCUAAUGCAGAAAUUUUAGUUUUACACAUAAACUGACACCCCAUAUAAUCUCAUCUUUUCCAAGUGAGGGUUACAAAAUUGUGAUAUGUUUUUUUUAAAUAUUCAAGCAUGAAUUAUGUAUUUGUGCUGUUGCUGUAUGAGUAAUAAAUAGAUUAUGAUAAAAAAUCACA